AUGGCGCCGUUGGUCUCGGCAAAUUUGCGAAUGUCUUUCGAUAGCAAACGGCCAGAUGACCCGGGCUCUACGACUUCAAAGGUCGCCAUGUCGCAGAGGAGGCCCAGGUUCUUUAGGAAGGAUGUGAUGAUCCUACCAUUGAACCUGGACCCGGGGCCAGAGACGAAUAUGAAGCCGGUGCUGAAGUUGGAGUUACAGGUGGCUUCUUUGGAGGACGACUGUGCUUUAUCGAUGUUCUAUCAGUUUGAGACUAGAUUUGUUAGCGGAUUGCACGGGAGGGAGAUUUCACAGGAGUGCUCACUUUUUCUCCUGCGGCUUUUGUGGGUUCAGCCCGAGGCUGCUUGGAUGGCGGGUUCGCCGCAGACGAUCUGCGUUUGGAAGGCGUCACUCCAGUCUUCGAUGUUUAUCCCACAGUUCGCGGAUACGUGA